AUUUUGUGGGUAAUGAAUUUGAGGCAGAUGAUGUGUUAUAACAGAUGAAAGAGUUCAAUCAAGGAGCAAAUUUCUUUCAUGGCAGAGUAACAAGUCCAGUUUGUCUUGUGCAGGAAUCCACGGCUGGUCCUCAGGGCUGUAACCCUCCAGUCAAUGAGGUGCUCCAAUUCGCCCCCUGUGUGGUGUGACUUCAGGAUUAUUUGUUUCUUAAUUUGAUAAACUGGUUGUCCAUCAAUGAAAUGACGUGGAGAGAGGACAUGGAGUGACCAGCUUUAGAGGGACACACACAUGGACAAAACGCUCUGCUUGUGAUUUCAAGAAAAAGGCCAAGAGGUUGAGAAGGACAGCAUCAGCAGCAGCGUGGUGAGCAGUUCAGCCUAACUGCCUUUUGGACCAGAAUCAUGGCGCCCAUCUACAUCGCCCCUCAGACAUGGGAUGCACUGAACCUCCCAGGACUAGCGUUCCUCUCCGUGGUCAUCCUCUUCAUCCUUACCAUCACACUUCUCGCUCUCUGUUCGAGCUGUCAGAGACAGUCAUUUUCUCUGGAAAGCAGUAGCAAUCCCUCAGUAGAGAGGAGCACAUCCACACUGGUUCGAGUUGUGAACCCGAUGACUAAAGAAGAGAGUCCCGCUCCUGAAAGGCAUCUCGCCGUGUUGCCCGAGGAGCUGCCUGACCCCAUCAAACAAUGGAGGAGUCACACAUUUGAACGCAACACACAGCCAGUGGUGAAUGGUGCCUUAUACUUCCAGUAGGGUGCUUGACGAUGAGAACACUUCUAACUCUGGUAGUUUAAUAAUGCUUUGAUGCACAUGAGCGUGCAGUAAAUAGAGCUUCUGUCUUUGAUUCAUCAAUGCUCUUAUCACCAAGAGCAACGCCAUCAUCUAUCCUGGAAUUGAGUCUCGAACUGUGUGUGUAUACGCUCACUAAAAAUGCUUAUCCUGAAAGAACAGACAAAUCCCCUUUAAAAUAUCAUCUCCUAUUCCUUGUUGUUCCAACACCACCACUUAGGACAUCUGCGAAACUGUUGGGGAGAAGAAAGUUCCAGAACUAUUCGUGAGUGGAUUGCAAAAUCUAUUGGUGUUCUACUGUAUAUAAUGACCCACUGUGCAACAGGGUAGAACUUCUGGCUACAAUACCUGCA